CUCGGCCUUUGCGCCGCUUAUAAUCUGUGGUUUCCUCGUCUUUCUCCUGGCUCUCCAACCGCAUCCCUGGUACUCUCCAAUUCAUUCCCCCGCGAAAGCCUCAUACGCCAUUAUUCCACAUCAUCGCUCCGGCAAGACCUCUAGGCACCAACGUCCAACGCUUAUGAUCGAUCCUCCCAGCUGGUCUAGGCGACGGAUCUGUGUUUAUGGAUAUGGAAGGAAACGCCAACGGGCCGGAGAACUCUGACAGUGCUCCCAUUAGACCUGUAUCCUCCCUGUUGUCCCACUUUGAGGGCCUUUCGCAUCGCAAAACAAAAUCAACAGUCGGGCCCCUUUCACAUGAAUCCUCAAGCCGCUUUCUAAGGACCCCCGAACCUGGCGACGAACCUCGGUCUUCAACCCGCGCCUCCCUGGACUUACCUCGUCCGGACUCUCACUGGAAUACGCCUAGUGAAGAGAGGUUGGGCCGUCGCAAUGACCAAUACCAAUCCAAUGGCCAGCCUUUCCGGCCUCGUGGAUCGCCCGGAAGUCAAAGCCAACAUGGCCGGCCCAUCUCUAUGAAUUUCCAGCAUUCAUCAUCGCCUCAACUCCCGCCUACCUUGGCUGUCCAUGCUCCUCAAUCGCCACCACGUGGCCAGCAAAGAGAGCUUCGAUCGCCUAGUCAAGAUGAUCAAAGGAAUGCUCGGGGCUAUUUUCACCUCUCCAGGGGGUCUCUAUCUGCGGGCGUUUCCCCUGCCCCCGCAGGUCGACCAAUAACCCCGACAAAGCUUGGCUCUUCUGUUCCGAUGACGGAGACUAUGCAUGGACUAUCACCUAAUUUAUCCACUGUGAACGGACAUGGAAGUCCACUGGAUAGAAAACUUAAAAGCGCCUCACUGCCACCGCCGGCGAACCGCGCAGAGAAGCCCAAAAUUCCAGCAAAGCCCGCUAUGCUUUCCCAUCCCGAUACAAGCUCUUUGGCUCCACAGCCGGAAAAGGUAUCAUCUGAUGACCUUGUAUCGCCAUUCAGUACUCCACCGGGUAGCCCGGAAAAAAUUUCGCCCAAGCCAUCAUCUGCUACGAAACCUGCCCCACGACUCUCUCCUGCAAGGCCGUCAGCUGAACCUUUCACCCGCCGGUCGUUUGAUGGACGACUUCAGAGCCAAACUCUGAACGCUAGAUAUGAUCCAAAGGAGUCGAAUCUCGCCCGGACCCGUCCAGGUCCCGAGCCCAGUCGAGCCACAAAGCCAUUGAUGGUACAAAUUCCACCCACGUCUUCUGCUUAUCCAGACUCCUCAACGGCUCCACCUUUGUCCGCCCAACGAAUUCGCGCUAGCGACGUCCCCUAUGAUCGGCCUGGCCUUCCUCCCAGACCAACUUCAGCUCAUCCAUAUCGAAGGGGGCCUUCGCCCUCACGAGAGUUUCCACCUGUGGCCAGCCCGGCCCAAGCCACGCCAAUUCCUCGUGCUGCACCAUCUUAUCAUCAUACUCCUGAGCCUCAGACCCCGCGCAUUCCUGAACGACAACAGUCUCAACGAGUACCGUCUUUGCCUCGUGAAUCCUCGCUUCAAGAACGUCGAGUAGUUGUGCGGACAGAUACAGAAGAAGAGGAGUUGGUGGCCGAUGAGCCCGCAAUUUCACGGACUGAUUAUCCUGAUGCCUCACAAGCAAAUAGGCGUCCUCCACUUCUCAGAACUGGCCCAAUAGAAAUUCCCACCAAAUACGACACUCGCUUGAUCGACGUGUGCGGCAAGUACGUUUGCACCACUGGGUAUAUAACUCGUGUGUGGGAUCUCACUACUGGUGAGCAGGUCAUGAGCCUGAGCCAUGGUGAGACUGUGAAGUGUUUGUCAAUCGCUUUUAAGCCGGGGAACUCGCUCGAAGAAGAAGGUCAACGCUUUUGGGUCGGUACCAGUGCUGGCGACUUACACGAGAUUGAUAUCCUGUCACGAUGUAUUGUGGCCACUCGCGCCUAUCCCUCCCGUCGAGAAGUCAUCCAGAUUUUACGCCACAAGAAGGAAAUGUGGACUCUAGACGAUGAGGGUCGGCUGCUGGUGUGGAUGCCAGAUGAGACUGGCACGCCAAACUUGCAUUAUAGCUAUCAUAGCCCCCAAGAACGAGUAGCACGGGGACAUACCUUCUCCAUAGUUGUGGAUGAUAAGCUCUUGCUGGCGACUGGCAAAGAUGUUUACAUCUACCGCCCGAGCGCCCGAGAAGAUACUUCAUUCAAGCUUUUCAAACGGCCGAUAGGCCUACAGCAUUCAGGCGACGUAACCUCUGGUGCCUAUAGCACCAAGGAUGGCGGCCGAGUUUACUUAGGCCACGCAGACGGCAAAGUAACUGUCUACUCCGCGACCGACUUCACUUGCUUGGCAGUAGUUAAUGUCAGCGUAUACAAGAUCAAUUGUCUUGGCUUUGUUGGAGACUAUCUAUGGGCAGCUUAUAAAACGGGUAUGAUGUACGUCUACGAUGUCAGGACGAACCCCUGGACUGUGAAGAAGGACUGGCGUGCCCAUGCUAGUCCCGUUUCUGCUUUUGUGCUCGACACGAGCAGUGUUUGGACGAUGAACCGUUUGCAAGUAACGUCACUUGGCACCGACAAUUGCAUUCGCCUCUGGGAUGGCAUGUUAGAGGAUGAUUGGUUAGAUGCUCGCAUGGAACACAAGGAUGUAGAGUUUUGCACAUUCAGGGAACUCAAAACCAUUGUUCUCACAUGGAAUGCUGGUGCUGCUACUCCUGGCAGCGUGCGUACUUCGGAAUUCAUUAAAGAUGCGCUUCGUCCAGAAGACCCUCCAGACAUUGUGGUGUUUGGAUUUCAAGAAUUGGUGGAUCUUGAAAAUAAGAAGAUUACAGCUAAGAGCUUGUUGCUUGGUAGCAAGAAGAAAGAGAACGGCGAGAAGGAGCAUAUGAGCCGGCAAUAUCGAGUCUGGGUAGAUCAUUUGACCCGAACUGUCCACGAGUGCAUGCCUCUCGAAGAAUCUUAUGUUCUUCUUCACACUUCCAACAUGGUUGGACUCUUCACCUGUAUUUUUGUCAAGCACAAGGAGCGCCUGAACAUCAAGAGCGUCUGCGCAUCGGAGAUUAAGCGAGGAAUGGGUGGAAUGCACGGUAAUAAGGGUGCUCUCAUAUGUCGUUUCGUUCUAGACGAUAGCUCGAUGUGCUUUGUCAACUGCCACCUGGCUGCCGGUCAAACACAGACCGCGCACCGUAACAAUGAUAUUGCAGCCAUCCUUGAAGCUGAAUGCUUACCCGCGGAGAGCAGUUCCACAGCACGAAGUGAUCAGUAUGCAAGCGGUGGUGAUGGAUCCAUGAUCAUGGAUCACGAAGUGUGCAUCCUGAAUGGAGACCUGAACUACCGGAUCGAUUCCAUCCCCCGCCACGUCAUAAUUAACGCCAUUCGCCAAAAUAACCUCACCAAGCUCCUCGAGCGCGAUCAACUCCUAGCCUCCCGACGGAAGAACCCAGGGUUCCGACUACGCAGCUUCGUUGAAGCACCAAUCACAUUUGCACCAACCUACAAAUAUGACGUCGGUUCCGACGAAUACGAUUCAAGUGAGAAGAAACGCUCCCCCGCCUGGUGCGAUCGCGUCCUCUACCGAGGCUCCGGCCGCGUCAAACAGCUCGACUACCGCCGCCUCGAGGUCCGUGCCUCCGAUCACCGGCCUGUCUGUGCGAGUUUCAAGGUUCGCGUGAAGACAGUCCUACCCCAAGAACGAGCUGCGAUUUGGGAGAAGUGUCAGCAGGAAUUCCAGGAUGAGAAACGUCGGCUUGCGUCUGAAGCUAGCAUCGAAUAUCUCAUCACUGUCCUCGGCACAGAUGCUCGCCAAGCUCGCGCUUUGAUCUUGGGCACAGGCAAAAAAUAA